GGUAUCCCCACUAUGUUACAACAACCGAAACUCUCACCUUGCCGACGCCAGUACACUGUUACGGAUUUACUUAUCACCCGCGCCCGAGCAACCAACGAUCGCCUUUUACUACAACACGAUAAGGGCUCGGACUAUAUAAGAGCUACAAAAGUAUUUAACUCAUAUAUCGCUGUAUUGCCUCCCGGAAACACCGCAAAGGAGCCGAAUCCCUGGAUUAUUGUGUUGGAUAUCGGAGACCAGACGACUAUCAAGAUAGGGCUACGACAGGUGGAUUCACUGGGCAAUACGAUAGUGGUAUACUCUGCUGGGCCUCAAAUACAUACUGACGGCUCAUUGGAGGGCUGUUCAAGAAGCUGGUCCAUUGCAGUGCAAGGAGGAAGCAUCAUAGCUGAUUAACUGGAACGCCUCGUGGUAAGCGGAUCAACAAGAUAUAGACUCAUUAAUCAGCUUGGACUUCUUUGGUAGAUUAACUGUAUCUUAU